UCGGAGGCGCUACUAGUGGUAGCGACCAGCGACUAGCAAGUGCACUGUUGAUGCAUUGGUUUUCAUUGCAUGAUUGCACGGCGCACGCAUAUUGAUUGAUCCGCACACAGCAGGGUGUGCAAAAAAUAGUAAAUCCAUAAAAGUUCAUCAGUUAACAUAUGACAGUCUAGAAAAAGUUAAUUGUCGAGCCCAAGAAACCACCGUUUCAGGAUUGUUAUUUUACUACGCAUUCAGUCUACAUGGUUCAAACGGCGCAAAUAAUUGGUGAAAACCAACCAAGUUUACUGUCUCCAAAUACAGAUCCCAUAUCAGUCCAAAUGGCCGAACCGACGGAGGAAAUGCCCCUGAUCGCCAUAGAACCGGAGAAGAUGCUCAACAGCUGGAAGGGCACUAUAAAACUGUGUGCUCUGAUUGCUCUCUGCUGCGUGGUGUACAGCUAUCUGCACAUUUCCAUUAAAACAUUCUUGAUCAAGAGCAAAAGGCUGGAGAAGAUUGGUGUUAUGGUUGUGGCAACUGAGAAGAUGCUACAAAAUCUGUAUGAUCUAGAUCAGAACCUAGCUGGUGACCUUGAAGAACUGAAUGACUUCUAUCUAGACUAUUAGUGUAUAACAUUGAAAGGGUAGAGAGGUAAAACAAUUUCUCAUGUAAUCCAAAAAUAUUUCAUUUUGAUUGUUUUUUUUAUUUUGCAUGAGGGGGGGGAUUUUUGUGACCAAUGGUCACCCUUAGGAAAUCAACCUCCAUUAUUGUGUCUUUGCAAUAUUAAAAACUAUUACUUUGGUGACAUUCCAUCUUUUGCCUGCAAAAUGAGUGGAAAAAGAAUGUUCAAGAAGAACUAGUCAAAAAUAGGUACCUAACUAUGCUAGUCUUGAAGAAAAUAUUGCUACUUAACAUAAAUAUUUUUUAAUUUCCAGAGUUUAUGUCUGUCUUGGUUCUAUUUUAGGGUUUUAUUUAAAUGACAUGUUAUUUUAAAAAUGACAAACUGUGUGUAAUAUAAUUACAAAAGUAAGCUUGUAAGAUUUAAGCAGAGUUAACUUAAUUUUUAUAGUUUUAUAGUUGUUUUAAAACCUGUGAUAUUAUAAUGUGUGCUAUGUGCACAUCUACUAGGGCCCCUUACUUAUAUAUUAAGGGUGUCAUCUCUGCGGUAACAUUUCUUCUACUUGUAGUUCUAUACUUUGAUUUAAUAUGUUACUGUUAUGCUCUAUACCAAAGAAAUAAAGACAUUAAAAAUCA